GCUCUAUUUGGACAUGGAGUUACUUUCGGACGUGGUCCUUCGGAAUUUUUUUACUGUAUUGUUUUCUAGCACCUGAUAUCAGUUUACGUACUGUAUCAAACAGUGAAAUUUUAAGAAUGAAUCAAAGUAAACUAGAAUGACGCGCAUUUGUUGUACAUUUUGUGAUAUGUGCUUCGGAAAACCAUCUCGACUCGAGGCACAUCUGAGAAUCCACACUGGAGAGCGUCCAUAUGUGUGUAUUUGUGGUAAAACAUAUACACGGAAACAACAUUUAACUCGUCACGCUUCAAAAUGUCCCGAAAUUAUUCCAGAAAACAACUUAUCUAAUCAGAAGGAGCCAGUAAGAGUCGAAAAAACCUAUUCGUGUUCACAAUGUUCUGCUGGACCUUUUCAAAAAAAGAAAAUGGUAUCGGCUCAUAUGGCUAUAGUUCAUGGCGAACGGAAGCAUGUAUGUGACAAAUGUGAUCGAGCGUUUCCUACGGCAUCUAAGCUUAGACGUCAUUCAUCAAAACAUCAUGGUUACACAUGUAAGCUGUGCUUUGAACAACUAUCUGAAAACCCUGAAAACGAAGAAUCAGUUGCUCUCAAACCCAUUCAUUUUGAAAGUUUUGCGUGUUUAAGACGCCAUAUUGCUGAAGCUCACCCCAAAACACCUUUGCAAUGUCCUACUUGUAAUAUGCGUUUUACAAGACCUGCUGCACUAGCAGAACACAAAUCUACACAUACUCCUGGUGGACCGUCUGUAAGACGACGUUUUAUUUGUCCUUUAUGCUCACCUGAUGUUACGGGUGAUAAAGAUAAUUCCAACUCACAAGAAAAAGAUUGUCUUGUUGCAUUUACAGCCAAAAGAAAUUUAGAUGCUCAUAUGCGUUUAGUGCAUGCUAACCUUAGGUUUCCAUGUACAUGGCGUGGAUGUCCUGUUCUUUUGUCUACGAAACAAAAACUGAAUGAACAUAUGGAACGUCAUCGACUAGGCAAGUCAGUGGCUUUCAAAAACCGAAAUAGACGUAAUUCACGUAAUGAUUCAAAUAGAAAAUUUAAUGAUAAUAAAAAUUUAUCAAUGAAUAAUAAUGAAGAUUAUUGGGAAACAGCUAGUCAAAAUAGCAUUAUAGCACUGUUGAGUGAUGUAAUUGAUUGUUCAGCUAAUCAAAUUUAUUAAUUUUUAUGAAGUUAGUUUCAUUAUUGUAUAUAAUAUUAUUUCGAACUGAAUAGAACAAGAAGAAAGGAAAACAGCUAUGUAAUUAAGAAUUUACAGAGUACUUAUUUAUUUUGUUUAUAUUUACAUAUAUUUUCAAAUUAACAAAGUGUAUCAAAUGAUAUGGAAAAUAAUAAUAAACAUUUAUAUUAUACUACUUAUUA